AAUAAAUCACGUGUAUUUUUUUGGUACAAAAUAUUUUUAAAAAUUUCAGAAUAUUAUCUUUAAAUAUAGGUAUAAUCUAAUUUAAUUCUGGAAAAUUAAGCACAGUGAUAAAAAUGUCCAGACACACAUUAAGGUUGCAGGUUUAUUCUCACUGGCAUAAAAAUAAUAAAGGAAAGGCUUAUAUGUGAUUUACGCAUGUAUUCGGCGCCAAAAUCACAGUCUUGCUGGCGACUGGCAAGCCGAGCCGGGUGGUUCAUGUUGCGGCGGGCGGGGAUAUUGUUGCCUGGCUACGGCGAGUCAAGGUCACGCGUCACUUUUGGGUUUAGUAGAAAUCGGGCAAAAAAAUUAAUACACGUGAUAUCUAUCUACACCCCCUCCCCCUUGUGAUAUUUCGUGAUUUUUCCCAACCCCCCCCCCCCCCCCCCUUUUCGAGCCUCACGUGAUUAAUGGACGAUCCCUUAGUGCUGCUUCUGUCAUUGAUUCUCUGUUAAUCUGGAGGACUGAAGGCCAAUUAGAGAGCCUCACUCAUAGACGUGUCGAAUCACAGGCCACCCAGUCGAGACGACUCACAAGUCAACAGCCAAUGAACAGUUGGCAUUUGUCCGAGUGUGUAGAGGAUAUUGGAGUCUAUCCUGGAGGUCAUUGAAUCCGCGAAAUUCACGAGUCUCUAGUAAUGAUUUUUUUUUUGCAAAUGCGUCGGUACUUGUCACGAAUGCAAAUGCGAGCGAGCACUAGAGCGAGGGAGAGCAGGCCUGUCCCUGUGUCCCCAGGCAUGAAGCACACGGCCCUCCUCGUCCUGUGCGUGGUCUUCCUGAGGCUGCUGCACCAGUCCGCGGGCGUGCAGUACGGCGAGGACCGCGGUCUGGACGGAGAGUCUGCCUGGCAGCGCCGCAACACGGUGACCAGAGAGCUGGCCAGCUGGAUCCUGCAGCUGCUGCACCGAGGCGAGCCCUCGCUCUGCACGCAGAAGCGCAACUCCGAGCUCAUCAACUCCCUGCUGGCCCUGCCCAAGGUGCUCAAUGACGCGGGCAGGAAGUAGCACGGCCCCCCGCGCAGGGAGAGGAAUGAUAACAUGGUUGUGAUAUAAUGGACUCAACACCUUGGCAAGAUGAUGGAGCAACGAACCAGGACUUACUACAUUCAAAUAAUGUAAACAAGCAAAUAAAAACUAAAUAAAAUAAACUGUUAAAAAGA